AUGACAGACUUUCUUCAGGACAGCCACGAUCCAAACCGGAGCUACAGCGAAAAGAGCCAUCUCAGUAUCGAAUUCGAUGCAUCGUCGGCAAAAAGGGUAUGGCUCAAGCUCGACCUAUUUCUACUACCGGUCAUAACAAUAUUUUACUUCCUGUCGUUCCUCGAUAGAACAAACAUUGGCAAUGCACGUAUCGCUGGCCUUCAACACGACCUCCAAAUGUCAAACAAGCAGUACUGCAUGGCAUUGACGGUCACUUAUAUUCCGAAUAUUGCAGCUGAGCUACCUUCAAAUCUGUUACUCCGAGUUAUUGGACCGAACUAUCUCCUUCCCACCUUACUCAUCAGUUGGGGUGUGAUCACCGUCCUCCAAGGAGUGGUGACGAGCUAUGGAGGCCUCCUUGUCUGUCGAUUCUUCCUUGGGGUCUUUGAAGGUGGCGUUAUCCCGGGGGUGGUAUUAUACUUGACACAUUUCUACCCCCGUGCCAAGAUGGUCACCCGUGUAUCAGCAUUUUUCGCGUCUGCCUCACUCUCAGGGGCGUUCUCAGGGAUCCUAGCCUAUGGUAUUAUACGCAUGGACGGCAUAGGUGGACGCGCAGGAUGGCGAUGGAUAUUCAUCCUCGAAGGCGCGUUCAGCGUCGCUUGUGGCCUGAUAGGCUACUUUCUUCUGCCUAGAGAUGCUAUGGCUGUGAGGUUUUUGCGUCCGGCUGAACGCGAAUAUGUAGCGAGUCAGAUCGCUGAGUCAGGAGGGGAGCAGUUGAGUGGAGAGAAUGUCAUAUUCUUCUUUGAGGGUGCCGUCCUUUUUGGCUUGGCCUUCUUUACGCCAUCAAUUGUCCAGAGCUUGGGAUACACUGCUGCUCGCUCCCAGCUCAUGAGUGUGCCGCCAUUUGCUGCCGCCUUUGCGUUGUCAAUGAUCACAGCUUACCUAUGUGACAGAUUUCCUAUUCGAGGCCUUGUCUGUAUUGUGACUUCCAUCAUGACCUUGAUAGGAUUUAUCAUGUUUCUCACCUCGUCGUCGGCAAACACCCGGUAUGGUAGCCUCUUUUUGAUUAUACCGGGUGUGUACGCCAUCACUCCGACGUUGGCAACGUGGAACUCCAUUAAUUCGGCGCCGCACGUUCGUCGUGCGACUGCAACGCUAUCAUGUUUAUGGUGUCGUGCCUCGGAGGAAUUUUGUCAACGUGGUUGCUGGGGGACUUGAGCACGGCGCCCAGGUACGUGCUUGGGACCAAGGUGAUGGUGGUAUGUAGCGUUGGGAUGCUUGUUGGGUCUGCAUUAUGUUUGGGAUAUUUCGUGCGGAUGAAUCGGAAGAAGAGGAAGAUGCUGGGACAGGAGGUUAAAGGGAUGGAUGGAGAUUUGGCCCCGUCAUUUAUGUAUCUGCUGUGAUGGUAAGGUGUUUCCUUUCAUUUAUUUUCACUCAUCGCUGCUGAUCAAUGACUAUUCAGAAAGCAAUAUGUAUGACCCAGCGAUCUUUCUUCAAAGGGAGCCGCCGCUUUGGUCGUCCGCUGCAGUAAACUGAUCGCACUUCUUAACUGCCUUGUGAAUAACUUAUGCAUGAAUACCUAUAUCUUGCUUAUAUUGUGUGUACCACUCGGAGGGAUCCCGAGUGAUGCAAAAUGUUAGCGACGCGCAUUGUCUACAUCUGGAAAAUUGGCAAAUGUCGGUAGCACAAUUCUCCUCAAGCUGAAC